GCCUAAAUACAAUUUAAAUAGAAAUAAGAAAAGUUGUUAUUUUUCUCUGCUGAUUAUUAUUUUGCUCAUUGCCGUCCAAAAAUUAAACAACAAUGCAGCUAUCUCAAUCUGAUUCACGUGACGGUGCUAAAGUUUCUUUAUUAAAUAUAGAAAUUGUGCAUCAAUAUAAAAAAAAUCUAAAUAGUUUUUCCAAUAAUUCAUCAACAUUCGCAUUGCAAGAAGCAUGGCAAGCAAACGUAAAGCAAUUUAACAAAAAUAGAGAUCAUCUUAUUGCCUCAACAAGGGAACUCUUGAGCAAUACUGCUUGCAGCGAGAUUCAAUCUUGGACUACUUCUCUGGGUGAACUUCCAGACCCAUUACUGUUAUUCGAAAAGUCAUUACCACAGUGUGAAUGCCUGAGUAUUAAUCAAAACUUGCAACAUAAUAACACAAAAAACAUCAUGCAAAGCAAAUGCAUAUGUAAAGUUGAUUUUCCUACAAAAGAAAAAUCAGACCCUACUUACUUAAGACCGUAUUCUGAGAAUUCUAGUCAAGAAUCAAAGUCUGGAGAUGACAGGCUCUCAAGACUUAAGUUUGGUCGUUUAAAAUCAAAGAAAUCAAUGGUUCCAUUAAAAAAUGUACCAGAUACAAAUAUCAGUAAAGAAUUUGAUAUGGACUUAGAUAAGCCAAUAGCGAAUACAGAUGAAGUUGAAGAUGAGGAGAAAGCACAUAAAAGUCAAGUAGCAAAAAUAACAUUUAAAACUGCAAGAGAAACACUCCUUGCAUCUAAUCCAGCCGCUCGACGCACUUUGGGUGCAUCAAGAAAGGCUCAGGCAAAAUUUGUUUCUCCAAUGCUUGGGGCACAAGAAAAACAUGAGGUCAAUGAACCUGCUAUAAUAGAUGAGAGUCUGAAGCACAUUGACCCGAAAAUGAUAGAGCUGAUAGAAAGUGAAAUUAUUGAUAAGGGAUCUCCGAUCGGAUGGGACGACAUCGCGGGCUUGCAACAGGCCAAGAGCGUGCUGCAGGAGGCGGUGGUGUGGCCGCUGCUGCGCCCCGACAUCUUCACGGGUCUGCGCCGCCCGCCGCGCGGGGUGCUGCUGUUCGGGCCGCCCGGCACCGGCAAGACCUUGAUCGGGCGCUGCGUGGCGGCGCAGUGCCGCGCCACGUUCUUCAGCAUCUCAGCCGCGUCGCUCACGUCCAAGUGGAUCGGCGACGGCGAGAAGAUGGUGCGCGCGCUGUUCGCCGUCGCGCGCCGCCACCAGCCCGCGGUAAUAUUCAUAGAUGAGAUCGACUCGCUGCUGAGUCAGCGAAGCGACAGCGAGCACGAGGCGAGUCGGAGGAUCAAAACAGAGUUCCUGGUGCAGUUCGACGGCGCUGCUACCGGUGAAGAUGACCGCAUUCUGAUCGUGGGCGCCACCAACCGGCCGCACGAACUGGACGAGGCGGCGCGGCGGCGCCUCGUCAAGCGGCUGUACAUUCCGUUGCCCGAUGUCGACGCACGUAAACAAAUAAUCAGCAACUUGCUGCGGAGCGAGCAGCACGAGCUGUCGGCGAGCGACGUAGCGGACGCGGCGCGCCUCACGGACGGCUAUUCCGGCGCCGACAUGAAAUCGCUCUGCUCGGAGGCCGCCAUGGGGCCCAUCCGCUCCGUGCCGCUGUCGCAAAUCGUCUCCAUCCAUAGGGACCAGGUUCGUCCGGUGACUGUCCAAGACUUCAAAAUAGCACUUCAACGAGUGCGACCGAGCGUCUCACAGGACGACCUCGGCCAAUAUGUUAAAUGGAAUAACACAUACGGCCACGGCUUUUAA